UGGAUUACCUUGAUGCAACUAUGAUAACGCGAGAAAUAAAAUCGCGAAAUCCUAAACCUUAGCUUUUCCACAACUUGCAUUAAACACAUCUGUCUUUCUUGCUUUUGACUUUAUUACACAUAUCCUUUCUUUUCUUUUCUCCUUCCAUUUUAAUUAUUCAGAUUAAUUAUUAUCAGUGAAAUCGGUUUCCAAUGGCGCAUUAAUUUGGCACGCUACGACUAGCGUUUUGGCUAACUGCGUGACAAGAAAUUGUAUAAGGAACGCUUAGGUAACGAAUGUCGACUGUAACGUAACUAUACAAAUAACUUAAUUAAAAAUAAGAUCGAUACCUGUUCUGAUGUAGAACACAUAUAUAAUAAGUCGUGCUGAAGUUACCUUCCAUAUCGAUAAGAGUUUUCUAGGUCAGCAACUGACUUCGGGAAUAAAGGAUAUGGAAAUAUAAUUUGCAAAUUCAAUUAAAAAUUUAUCAUAUUUUUUCACUAUCAUUCCCAGGCUCUUAUUUCAUUAUUUGUGUUCUCCACAAGUGACGGAUGGGUGGAAAUUAUGCACAAUGGAAUUGAUGCUGUGAGAGUCGAUCAACAGGUUGGUGUCUUUCCUUGUGGUUUUUAAACGAAAAUGUCGAACGGAGAUUUUUUUUUCUAAGUUGUCAAGAUAUAUCAUGUUUUCCUGUUGCUUAAGACUGAGGCAUUAAAGGCAUUCUCGUUAUAGCUCAGGAGUUGAUUCAGUUCAGCAUUAAGAGCACCUUAACUAGCAGCUUUUGCACUCUCGAAAUUGAGCAUUAACUUUUUACUUCAAUCUUUUCUUUGAUAGCCUGUAAAGAACUACGCUGAAUGGCGACUUGGGUAUUUCAUUCCUUUUCUUAUGCUGGGUGGCUUCCUUGUGCUAAAUAUGAUCGUGGGUGUGGUAGUAGAAAAUUUUCAACGCUGUCGAGAAAGACUCGAGGACGAAGAAAAGCAGAGAAGACGAAGAAAGAUGCUGGACAAAGCAAGAAGCAAGAAUCAACAAGGUGGAUAUUACGUACCUUCCUUUUGCGCUUGUAGUGCUGCACCUAUAAUUUCAUAAUUAUGCUAUUUGGUCUGUCUGUAAGUCAGAUUUAUUUCAUCUGCCAGAAGGCGAGUCUACAGAAGCUUAGUAUGUAUGCACGUUGCACCAUAUCGCAAGAUAAAACCUAGGAGGGUUUUUUGUAACACUGUGUACAAACAUUCUUUCUCUUUUUCUAAUAAUGCCUGAUUUCAUCAGCAUAGUAUAUUUAUUUACACUCACCAGAAAGUCAAAUUAUAAUUGCCUUAAGGACAGCAAGCAACUACUUAACGAACCCGCAAUCGAAAAAAAGAAAAAGAAAAACAACAAUAACAACAAAAACAAAUAGAAAAGAAAUUAAAGAACUCUUAUUAAUUACAUCUUCAUGUUUUUCUUCCAGAGGUGGACCGAACGUAUUACCAAUCGUAUAGCAAAUGGCGGCGGCGUGUUCAUGACAUGUGCCUUCACAUGUCUUGGGACGUCGUUAUUGCCAUGGUGAUUUGCCUGAAUGUAUAUCUGCAUGUCUUUGGAGCAUUAUCAGAUGUCACAGGUAAUGAGGAGGAAUACAAAAUUGAGGCUAAAACUUCAUUCCUGAGUCCAUUACGAUUCAUGUUUUAGUUUCGGCGCGUGUGAUAAAUGUUAGCUAAUUUUUUGUUAGUCAAUAGGGGUUUUAGGAAACUUGGUAGCCGAUUUAAUUCAUGCUAUUAUUUUUCCCCUUUACUUAAUACUCACCCAAACUUUUUCACUUCGUUAUCAGCUUUUUUAGCUUGUUUUUUUUUGGCACGCUUCAUUCCCCAUAAACCUCCCACAAUAUGAGGUUGAACUUUUCAAUACGUAAUGUAGGAAGGAAGUGGCACGAAAUUGGUCCUGGAAUUCAAAUGAACAAUAGAUUAUUUGAUUAACUUUUGCAGACUUUUGUUUUAUUCGUCGAGACUUCAAAUUACCUUUUCACCGGCAUUUUUGUGCUGGAGGAGGUGUUCAAGUUCAUUGCUUUUGGAUUCGUUCGUUAUUUCAAAGACGGGUAAGUCGUUGGUUGCGCUAACUUUGGUAGACAUUUCCGCGUUUGAUUAAGACCAGUAAGUGAAUAUCUAUCAACGCAGCUGAAAAAAACGCCUUAAAGUAAGGAAACUUACCAAGUUUAAAGUUGAUACGUCCAAAGCAAGCAGACAUUUGACUGUUUGGUGGGGGGUUAAGUUAGUGCCCCCAUCAUAAAAACGUCUGUGAAUUUCACGACUUUGUGGAACCAUGUGUUCGUUAGGUUUCAAUAAAUCACUUUCAAAAGUGACUGUUCCAGUCAAGUGCCUAUUAACUUCAGAACAACUGAGGCUGUUUAUAUAUAUCCCAUGGAAGGUCGUGGGCUCAAUUCCCAUCUUGAACUCAGAAUAUUUUUCUGAGUUUUUCUGUCCACAUAAUUAUAUCAUUCUGUUUGCCAGAAUUUGAAUUUUGGAUUUGUUUGCCCAUAAAUUUCACAUCAGCAAAAACAACAAUAUUUAUAAGGGAAGAACAAAAGCCUGAACGAAUGAGCGCAAUGAUGUUCGCCCUGCAAUGCUAAUGACCCAUCGCAAGAUUCUAUUCUUUUUCAGAGCAUACAUUAGGAGAAAAAACCGGAAUGCACUGAAUUAAUGUGAGAUAAAUGCUUGUCUUUUGAUUGAAAAUGAAACGAAGACUGAUAAUGUGAUUCUUGUAGUUAGAUAUGUUCCCCGGCCGCGAGCGAACAGCUUCCUUGUUCUCAGUGGUCAUUUCAACAAAUGAUUGUCUGAAGCAGUAGCUUUAUUUACAGAUUUAUCAUCAGAUUCAAUAAAAGUAAAUCAUUGCACGAUCGUGUUGUAAGAGAACGCCAAAAGUACUGCGAACUGACACAAUAUUGUAUGAACUUAUUUGUAGGUGGAAUCUGGUUGA